UUCCCGUGCCCUGAUGGGCUGGACAGCAGCAAGAUCCAAGCACAAUCCCUUUGCCCAUCCUUCCUUCCUGCUUUCCCUCCCUCCACCCCCAGGGAGGCUGUCCUACUAUGUUUUGUUUUUUUUUCCUUCCCCGUCCUCCCAGCUGUACGUAUAAGUCCCUAAUCAAGCUGUCCUUGCCCCAGAGGACAGCUGUGGGACACAGAGCAGGUCCCAGCAGCAGGAUGGCUCACGGCAUCUUGGGGCUCAUGCGGCCCUUGCGGCGUGGACUGAGCGCCAGCAGAAUUCGCCUGCUUCUCCUCUGGGCUGUGCCUGAGCAGCACCAGAGCCCAGCAGAGCGGUGGGCAGAACGAGGAUUCAGCUCCACGCAAGGGCUCCAGGAUGGCCCCGGGGAAUCCAGCUCUGAGGAUCAGGUGACAGUGCAUUUUAUAAAUCGGGAUGGAGAGAGACUAACAACCACAGCCAAGGAAGGGCAGAGUUUGCUGGAAGUUGUAGUCAAUCACAACUUGGCCAUUGAUGGAUUUGGUGCCUGUGAAGGGACAUUAGCCUGCUCUACCUGUCACCUCAUCUUUGACAAGGAGGCCUUCCAAAAGCUUGAUGCCAUCUCAGACGAGGAGCUAGACAUGCUGGACUUGGCAUAUGGACUCACUGACACAUCGCGCCUUGGCUGCCAGGUGUGCGUUAAGAAGUCGAUGGAUGGUCUGACAGUGAGGGUCCCCAUGGAUGUGUCAGACAUGAGGAAGCAGCUGGAGGUUGGAAAGCAAAGCAAACAGUAACUGGAAGCGGCUGCUGCACAGCUUACACCCUCAUUUAGGCAUGGCAGGGUACUUUGCUUUUGGUUGACACUAUUGCUUUUUGUGACUGGCUCUCAGUAGGCCAUAAAGGUCUGAUUCAGUAUAAAAGGCGUGUUUGGCAAAUCUCUUAUUUAAACAAGGCAUCAUGCUUCAUAGGGUCUUUGGUACAUAUUUUAAGUGCUUAAAUGUUCUGCUGAACGCAACUGGAUUAAAGUGCAUGG